GCCUCUCCUCCUCCCCCUCUCUUCCCCCACUCAACCCGCCAUGCUGAAUCCCUCUCAGUCCGACCGUGCGCCUUUCAAGGUCCUGGUCGUAGGAGGCUCCUACGCUGGACUGGCUGCCACGCUCAACCUGUUCGAUCUCUGCCAGGGUCGUCGCUGUCGGUUCUCGCUGGAUCCGGCCGACGAGGGUCCUCCACGGAAAGUGCCCGUGCAGAUCACCGUUGUGGAUGAGCGAGAUGGGUACUACCAUUUGAUCGGGGUGCCGCUGGCCAUCGCCUCCCAGGACUACGCGCAUGCAAUCUGGCAGACAUUCGACGACAUCCCCGCCCUGCAGGCCCCGGAAAUCAAGCGCAUCCAGGGACGAGUCGUCCAUGUCGAUUGUCAGGCGAAAUCGGCGCGUAUUGAAGGCAUCGCCAAAGGGAGGCCAGUGACGGAGGAACGAUACGACUAUCUGAUCGCCUGUUCUGGCCUGCGCAGGGACUGGCCCAGCGCUCCCAAGUCUCUGACGCGACAGGACUACCUGGCCGAGGCAAGUCGAUGGGUCGAGGACGUUAAGAAGGCGUCUCAGGGGGUUGUUGUUAUCGGCGGAGGCGCCGUGGGAGUCGAGAUCGCGGCCGAGAUCAAAAUGAUGCAGCCCCAAGUCAAGGUGACCCUCAUUCACUCACGCGCCCAAUUGCUGUCCUCCGAGUCUCUGCCGGACGAGUUUAGCACUAAGACGCUGAAGCUUCUGCGGUCGGAUGUCGACGUCAUCUUGGGUGUGAGAGUACAGGCGACGACUGCCAACGAGGGCGACUCGUCGGGGUACACGCUGACGCUCUCGGAUGGCCGACAGCUGCAGGCGAGUCAUGUCAUCAACGCCGUGUCACGCUUCUCGCCAACGACGUCUUACCUUCCAGACGCCGCCUGCGACGAAGAGGGCUACGUGCACAUCACGCCGCAACUCAAUCUCUCCGGCGACGUUCCCAACGCAGGGGACCAUUACGCGGCGGGCGAUCUCGUGCGCUGGUCGGGAAUCAAGCGCGGAGGAGCUGCCAUGCAUCAGGGCCAUUAUGCGGCCGUGAACAUCCACCAGAAAAUGUACGCGCAGCUAUACGGGUCUGAGACGGAUCCUCUCCAGCUGGCAGAGGUGCCACCCAUGAUGGCUCUGGCAUUGGGGAAGCAGGCGGUGGGAUACUUCCCAACGACUGGGCUUUCGGAAGGCCCCGAAGUGCUUAAAACUUUCUUUGGUGAUGAUUUGGGAUACAUGAUAUGCUGGAACUGGAUGCGCUUGGGGGAAGCGCCACCUGCCGAGGUGAGAAUUGAAUCAAAGACUGGUGCAGCUUAGAAGCACACAGUAUAAAUUAUCGGGAGAUUUUACCAUCUAUUGUAUCUAUUGUAUACAUAUAGAGUCCGGGGAAUCCAUGAUUACAAGCAGUUGAC